UCCAGCCUCCAGGCGGCGCCGCUCGACCUCGACAUCUCCACUCUCCAGGCUCCAGCGACUCCAGCGGCAGCCAAGCGCCCAAGCCUCCAAGGAUCCAGCCUCCAACGUCCACGCCGUCGACGCCGACAUCUCCAGCCGCCGAGCCAAGCGCCCAAGCCUCCAACGUCCACGCCGCGACAUCUCCAGCGGCGCCCAAGCCAGCCGAAGUGGUCCACGCCGUCCUGCUCCUGCCAACUGCCAUCCAGGCUCGCAGGCUCGCAUCAGGCAGCACGGCAGUAGACCACGCAUACCUCAUCGCCCGACACGACGACACCGACCGAGGAAUCAAGCAACAUGCCUAAUAGUAUCGAUGAUAUAGUAGACAUGGAAUUGGAAAGAGAAUCUAUGGGUACUGCUACUCAAUUUGAGCAACCAACUGUGGAAACAACAGGUGAUCAGUCACAAACUAUACGAGGUAAAUCUAGUGGAACUGAAGGCCAAGGGGAUGCUAAUUUUGUAGACCUUGAGAACGAAACUGAGAAAAAGGAGGCAAGGAAGGAGAUUGUGCCAAGGUCAAGUAUGUGGGAUCAUUUCAUUAAGAUCAAAGAUGACAAGGGUAGGCUAAAGUCUGCUAAGUGCAAAUAUUGUCAGCGUAUCCUUAAGGCUGAUUCCAAUCAGCAUGGUACAUCUUCAUUGAAUAAACAUUUUAAUGUCUGCAAGCGCAACCCCAAUAAAUUUGAUAAAGACCCAAAGCAAGGUACUUUGCAAGCAACCGGAGGGGAAGCUCCUAGCACUUGGAGGUUUGAUCAAAAUUCAUUAAGGGAUGCAUUUGCUGAAAUGCUCAUAGAAGAUGAGUUGCCAUUUGCUUUUGGUGAGAAGUCGGGUUUCAGAAAAUUUAUGUCAAAAGCUUGCCCACGGUUCCAAGUGCCAUCUAGAAGAACUUGUACUAGGGACAUUGUGCGUACAUACUUCCAAGAGAGGGCCAAGCUAAAGAAGUUCUUCAAAGACUCUUAUCAAAGAGUUAGUGUAACAACAGAUUGUUGGACUUCCCAACAACAAGAUGGGUAUAUGACUGUGACAGCAAGUUUUAUUGAUGAGAAUUGGAUUUUGCAGAAGAAAGUCAUUAGCUUUUUCAAGAUAAAGGGACAUAAGGGGGAUGAUAUUGGGAAAAGCUUGAUCAAAAGUUUGGUGGACUGGGGUUUGGAUAGAAUUAUGACUAUAACAGUUGAUAAUGCAAGUGCCAAUGAUAGCGCUAUUGGUUAUUUGAGAAGACAAUUACAUAAAACAACAAUAGCAGAUGGCAAGUAUCUCCACAUGAGGUGUGCUGCACAUAUAGUGAACCUCAUUGUGCGAGAUGGCUUGAAAGAUGUGGACCUCUCAGUGCAGCGUGUUAGGGAUGCAGUUCGUUACAUAAAAAAUGGAACUUCAAGGUUGGUAAAGUUCAAGGAAAUUGCAGAGGAAGAGAAGGUGGACAUCAAGGCCUUUUUGAGGCUUGAUGUCCCAACAAGAUGGAAUUCAACAUAUCUAAUGUUGAAGGCUGCAAUUGCGUAUGAGAAGGUAUUUUUAAAGUUGGCUGAAGACGACAUUAGCUAUGUUUUGGAGCUAUCUGAGGUGAGAGGAGGACAUGGUCACCCAAAUGAGGAUGAUUGGGAGGAUGCCAAGAAGAUGGCUGAAUUUCUAGAGCAUUUCUAUGAUCUCACUAUUCGCAUCUCCUCUAGUCUUCAUGUGACUAGUAACACCUUCUUCCAUGAGAUUGGAGAGAUCCACUUGUUGAUUCAGUCAUGGAUUGACAGUGUGGAUCCUUUGCGAGUUUCAAUGGGCUUGAGAAUGAAAGAGAAAUAUGACAAGUAUUGGGGAGUUUGGAAUGAGCCACAACCACAACCAGAGAAGGAUAGAGGGAAAGGAAAGGGUAAGGAAAAGGAUAACAUUAAUCUAUUGAUUUUUGUGGCUGCAUUUCUUGAUCCAAGAUACAAGUUAUCUUUGUACCAUAAGAUUACCAUUGAAGAGAUCUUUGGUGAGGACAGAGGACAACUAGUAUGGUCUGCUAUUAAGACAUGUAUCCGAGAACUGUUUAAAGAAUAUAGAAAUAUUUAUGCACCAAUUGAAGAAACAACAGAUGAAACAGAUUCAACUCAAGCAAAAGGUGCUCCAGGAGGGAAGCUUAAACAAGUUAUUGCCAAGAAAAUGAAGCUGACUAAUAGUAGUAACAACACUACUAAAUCAGAACUUGACAAAUAUCUAUCUGAAGAUUGUGAAGACACAGAGAAAAAGAUCGAUGUUCUCAUUUGGUGGAAGGACAAUGCACAUAGAUUGCCGGUUUUGGCUCACAUGGCCCAAGAUAUCCUUGCUAUACCAAUAUCAACAGUAGCUUCAGAGUCCGUUUUCAGCACAAGUGGGCGUAUCUUGGAUGAUUUCCGUACUUCCCUUACUCCUUUCAUGUUGGAGGCCCUUGUAUGUACCCAAGAUUGGCUAAGAAGGUCUACUCCCAUUAACAUAGAAGAGAAUAUCGAGGAAUUGACUAUUAUAGAAAAAGAGCUAAUUGAAGAAUUUGGUAAUGGUGGCAAAGGAAAAAGAACCGAGGCUACUUCCACUUCCAAGUCUCCAGCAACACAUGAAAUGGCAGGAUAAGCCUUAUAUUCCUUGGCUGUGUGGAACUGUGGAUGGACUGGGUGGUGUACUGGUGUGGAUGGAGUAUGGACGUGUUGUGGGCUGAAGGCUGAAGCUGAAUGGUGGCUGCUGCCUGCUGGUGGGCGCCUGGGCGGUGGCUGCCUGCUGGCUGGUGCAGACGUGCAGUGCAGGCGUGCUGGCUGGGCGUGGCCUGGAGCCCUGGAGUCCUGGACAAUGUGCUUGACUGCUUGCUGGCUGGUCGCUGGUGCAAGCAUGUGAGAUGUGACUGUGUUUGUAGUGGCUGUGAUUGUGUGAUUGUAGUGUAGACUUGUAGUGGCUGCCUGGCUGGUUCCUGUUUUUUAAUUUACUAUUGACUAUUGUGGCUGUGUCUGUGUGACUAUUGUGGCUGUUUUUUAAUUUGUUAUUGUGGACUAGAGCAACUUAUUUGUGCGGUGGACUAGAGCAACUUAUUUG